CGGCCCGUCACACAGGCCUCCUCCUCUCUCAGGCCGGGUAUUUAAAGCAGCCCUGCACCCUCAACUCUGUCCCAGUGGAAGCAUCUCUCUAAGUGUCUGAAUUGACCAACCCCCCUCAACUGACCAACCAUGUGUGACGACGAGGAGACCACCGCUCUUGUGUGUGACAAUGGCUCCGGGCUGGUCAAGGCUGGCUUUGCCGGAGAUGAUGCUCCCCGAGCUGUCUUCCCUUCCAUCGUGGGCCGACCUCGCCACCAGGGUGUGAUGGUGGGUAUGGGUCAGAAAGACAGCUACGUAGGAGAUGAAGCCCAGAGCAAGAGAGGUAUCCUGACUCUGAAGUACCCCAUUGAGCACGGCAUCAUCACCAACUGGGACGAUAUGGAGAAGAUCUGGCACCACACCUUCUACAAUGAACUGAGAGUGGCCCCUGAGGAGCACCCCACCCUGCUGACUGAGGCCCCCCUCAACCCCAAGGCUAACCGUGAGAAGAUGACCCAGAUUAUGUUUGAGACCUUUAAUGUUCCUGCCAUGUAUGUUGCCAUCCAGGCCGUGCUGUCCCUUUAUGCUUCUGGUCGUACAACCGGUAUUGUGCUGGACUCUGGUGAUGGUGUCACCCACAAUGUUCCAAUCUAUGAAGGAUAUGCUCUGCCACAUGCCAUCAUGCGUCUGGACCUGGCUGGUAGAGAUCUCACUGACUAUCUGAUGAAGAUCCUGACAGAAAGAGGCUACUCCUUUGUAACCACUGCUGAGCGUGAGAUUGUCCGUGAUAUCAAGGAGAAGUUGUGCUAUGUGGCUCUGGACUUUGAGAAUGAGAUGGCCACUGCUGCCUCCUCUUCCUCUCUGGAGAAGAGCUAUGAGCUGCCUGAUGGACAGGUCAUCACAAUUGGCAAUGAGCGUUUCCGCUGCCCUGAGACCCUCUUCCAGCCUUCUUUCAUUGGCAUGGAAUCUGCCGGUAUCCAUGAGACCACCUACAACUCCAUCAUGAAGUGCGAUAUUGACAUCCGUAAGGACCUGUAUGCCAACAAUGUACUGUCUGGUGGUACCACAAUGUACCCUGGUAUUGCUGACCGUAUGCAGAAGGAGAUCACUGCCCUGGCCCCCAGCACCAUGAAGAUCAAGAUCAUUGCUCCUCCUGAGAGGAAGUACUCUGUUUGGAUCGGUGGCUCCAUCCUGGCCUCUCUGUCUACCUUCCAGCAGAUGUGGAUCAGCAAGCAGGAAUACGAUGAAGCAGGCCCCUCCAUCGUCCACAGGAAGUGCUUCUAAAACCACUUCCACCCUUUUCCAAUCCUCCUUCCCUCGUCUGUCUGUGUACUCCACUGUUCUUUUAUGUGCUUUUGGAAUAAAAAUAGAUGUGCUUGUAAAACA